AUGAAAUUAUUAUUAUAUGUAUCAUUGGUGAUUGUAGCAAUCAUUGUAAUUAGUUUUACAAGCUUUGCACGUGCAGAUCAGUGCAAGGAAUACGUCCCAAUUGCCAAAUGUGUUGGUGAGGGUGAUCAAUGUUCUCAAGAUGUUCCAUGUCAAGGGUUAUUAUAUUGUGACAAUGAAGGAAAUAGUAUACAUAAUGGUACUUGUGUAAAAUACGCUGAAUUGGAUGAAGAUUGUUCCAAGGUACAGUGUAAUCCAAUCUAUACUUGUUUGGCAGAUACUUGUGUCAUUGCCAACUAUGCUCAGAGAAAUGAGUCAUGUCAACACGACUAUGAAUGUAUGGGUGAUAUGACAUGUGUCGAAUCGGUCUGCUCAUUGAUUGGUUCAUGCAAACAAAAUAUCGAGUGUCCAUUUGGAACCUCUUGUGAUAAUAAUGGUCUCUGUACAGAUAAUAUCAAGGCUGGUGAAUUGCUGCCUAAAAAGGGUGACCAAUACUGUGCUAUUGGUACAAAGGCAACUUCUCAAGGCUACUGUGUCUCUCUUUAUAGUUUGGCCGUUGAUCAAGAUUGUGAUGAUGAUACAUUCUGUGAUGACCAAUUGGUUUGUAGCGGAGGUAAAUGUUCCGCACUUCCAAAGGCCACUCCAACAUCAGUCAAUUGUCUAUCAAGUCCAUGCACAUCCUACGAAGAAUGUGUGUGUCAGGGAGGUGACGCUAGUGCAACCAACGCCACCUGUUAUUCAAAGGGUUUGUUUGGCAGUGCCCUCGAACAACAAAAAACUACAUACCUCGAGUUUUUAAACUGUAUCACUAUCUACAAGUGUGUUAUCGAGUCAAACACUGACAGCCCAAUUUACAAUAGUUGUGCAGAAAAAAAUUGUGUACCACAAUAUUGUACUUUUCUCAACUCCUCCCAAAUUACCCAAGUAUACAACCCACUUCCAGAGUCGUGUCACAGUCAAUCCCCAAUCUGUCUUGCUGAAGCAAACUCUUCAUCCAGUAUCCAAGUUAACUAUAUCUCUUUAAUUCUUAUCUUGUCCAUCUUUAUCCUUUUCACUUUCUUUUAA